AUGGCAGAGACAGAGAAAUCAGACCUAAAUCGCCAAUGUUCGGAUAUCCAAGUCGCUGAACUGGUGGAACUUCAAACAACAGCCGAGGAAAAUGCGAAACUCCUGCGAAAGAUUGAUCUUACCCUUAUGCCAGUCAUGUGCGCCUGCUAUAUGUUACAACUUUUGGACAAGUUAACGCUCAAUUUCUCCUCGCAACUCGGUCUGACGCAGGACCUGAACCUCCACGGAUCGCAGUACAGCUGGACCUCCUCCAUCUUCUACUUCGGAUACCUUGUGUGGACGUGGCCGAGUUCCUGGCUCGUAGUCAGACUACCCUUAGGUAAAUACCUUACUGGAACAGUCUUGGUAUGGGGAGGUAUUCUUAUGUGCCACGGGGCCUGUAACAACUUCGGGGGAUUCAUGGCAGUUCGAUUUUUACUCGGUGCCGCUGAAGCUGCCGUAGCACCCGGAUUUGCUCUCAUCGUGAGCAUGUUCUACAGGCGCGAUGAACAACCACUACGUCAAGGUAUUUGGUUUGCGGGCAAUUGUAUUGCUAAUAUAAUUGGAGGUCUGAUCAGCUAUGGCAUCGGGAAUAUUGAUUCUUCUCUGGCUACGUGGAGAGUACUUUUUCUUAUCCUUGGAGGUGUUACUGUUGCUUUUUCGGCUGUACUCUGGGCAUUCCUCCCGGAUUCACCCAUAAAAGCACGGUUCCUGAAUGAAAGAGAGAGGAAAUUGUCGGUUCUCCGGACGCUGCAAGAAACGUUCAGUGCGAUGGAUGAGAAUGACUUCCAGACGUAUCAGGUCUGGGAAGCUUUGAGAGACCCACAAGCUUGGUUGUUGGCCUUGUAUACAUUCUCUGUCAGUAUAUGCAAUGGCGGAAUUACUACAUUCAAUAGCCUUCUUAUUGAUGGUUUUGGUUUUGGCUCACUCCAAACCUUACUUCUACAAAUUCCUAUGGGGGGCUGCCAACUGGCUUUUCUAGCAAUCGUAUCGAUAACGGCCUCCGUGACUAAAACCUCACGCUUAUUUUUGAUGGCCUGUGGCUGCCUUUUAUCCUUGGUCGGAAUGCUCUUAAUUUACAAGUUGAAUCAUGCAGAUGCCUAUGGUCGACUGGGUGGAACAUACCUAGCUGCAGUAUUCGCUUCAAAUACCCCUAUGUCACUGAGCCUCAUUGCGUCCAAUGUUGGAGGCUUCACAAAAAGGUCCACCGUUAAUGCUAUGCUAUUUGUUGCUUAUAGCACGGGUAAUAUCGUUGGACCUCAACUAUAUUUGAGCUUAGAGGCUCCCGUCUACACUGAUUUUGUCUGGGGAUUUUCUUUCUAG